AUGGUUCGAGAAACUAGGUACCUCUUCGUAGGAAAUUUACCGGAAAAAGUCACAGAAGAUGAGGUGUCUGAACACUUUAAACGAUAUGGAAAGAUACAAAGUGUAAAAUUCCACGACAAAAAGGAGGAUGAAGAGGGAAUAUCGGCCACCGUAGCUUUUGGGGACAUUAAGUCGGCGUCGAAAGCGCACAACAGUGAGAAUACAAUUGACAGCAGGUCUUUGGUGACAGAGUACAGUGAGGGUUCGGCAACAGGAAGUGCCGUCACUCGCACGAGACAGGAACCUGUCCCCCGUACCACAGCCUUUCCCUCCCAUUCUCGGCCGACAGCCUAUACUAAUAGACCCAAAGGAACUGAGGAAGGAGAGACUUAUGAUAAUCGGGAUUACUACAGUAGUGGAGCAGGAACCAGAGACCCCGCUCAGUUUGAAAACCGAUUUCCACCCCCCUUUAACGAGAAUGGCCAAAAUCAGACACGGGGUCGCCCGAGAGAACGUUUCUUCAGAGGGGGAUUCAAGGGAAAUCAUGGUCAGCGACAGUUUGGAUCACGCCACAUGGAAGGUCAUAGGUCGUUUGACCAUUCCCCGAUGGAGACACGAGAUGCAGCGUUUGAACGUCCCAAAACUCAGCCCUCCCCUACACAUUCAGCUUCGCGAUCAAGUCGGCACAGCUCCACACGCAAACAACGCAGUUCAAGGUCAAAUUCCAGGUCAAGGUCAAGUAGUAGCAGUAGCAGUUAUAGCCGGUCGUCUUCAGGCAGCAGUGAUUCAGGCUCCGACUCCCACAGUAGUAGGAGUAGUGGUCGCAGCAGUCCAAGACACCACCAGUUACCCUCAACGGCAACCAUACCUCCUCAGGCCAAGUCCCAUCGCACUGAGUCCCAGGACUCCUCUGCAAGUGACAAGUCAACAGAGCGCGACCCACUUGACAAACGGCCUCAUGGGAUAUGUAUCACAGCCCUCCCACUGCGCUCCAGUGAUACGAGUCUGAGAGACGGCCUUUUCCAUGAGUAUAAGAAGUACGGAAAGGUGAAUGCUGUACAAGUAGCAGGGGCAAAUGAAGAUAGAUACGCCAUCGUCAGCUUUAAAAAAGCAGAAGAUGCUGAAAAGGCCUAUGAAGCUAGCUUGGACAAAACAUUCUUCGGGGCUAGAAUCAAGGUGCAGUCACACGAAGGGAUAGCGGAUACUGAGGACAACGAGUUCCGACCUCCAGAGGCAGAGUUAGAUGAAUACCAUCCAAAAGCUACCCGCACAUUGUUUGUGGGCAAUCUGGAGAAAGACAUUACCACGCAGGAACUACGAGACAGAUUUGGAGAAUAUGGAGAAAUCAUAGAUAUCGAUGUCAAAAGACAAGGAGCUGUCUCUGCCUAUGCGUUUGUACAGUAUGCUGAUAUUUCAAGUGUGGUUAAGGCGUUAAAAGAACUAGAAGGACAAACAAUAGGUUCUAUGAAAAUUAAGCUUGGCUUUGGGAAGAGCAUGCCCACUAACUGUAUAUGGCUAGAUAAUUUAGCUGAGACAGUCUCUGAGAGCUUCUUGUGUCGACAGUUCAGUCGCUAUGGCAAUGUAAGCCAUGGCAUAAUUGAUAAAAAUGGUGGGAAGGCAUUGGUAUUUUUCACCAAUAUUGACGCCGCACAAUUUGCCCUCAAUGAAAUGCGCAACAGAAUACUUAAUGGCAAGAAGAUAAUGACUGACUUUGCUAGCAGAGACUGUCAGAAUAGGUUCUUUGAAAAGAUGGAAAAAUCUGGACAACUUCAGCCUGGUCAACGUCCUGAUGAGAGGCGGGGUUGGAUCAACAAUAGGCCACAAGGGUCUGAGGGUGGUCAGUGGGCAGAGGGUAGUUCUGUUGGUGCCACGGGAACAGGAGGAACAGCAGCAGCAGCUGGAGCAGGAGGGGGAGGUGGAAGGACGAGAGGAAAUUUCAGACCAUUUGGGAACAACAGAAGAAUGCGUGGAUACCAUCGAGGAAGUGCCUCCUUUAGAGGGCGGGGUCAAAGCUUCAGCAAGGAAAACUUUACAGAGGAAGGCUUCCGGCGCCAGAGGUCAUACGAGGACUACAGUCAGGGCAGUGGUGGUCCUGGUAGUACAGGGACACCCUACUCCGAGGGAGGUGAGGACUCGUUUGAGCAGGACCUACGGGCGUACAGUCAUAGUCAACGUGAACGUCGUGAGGCAGGUGGAAGCCAGAGCCCCAGUCAGUACUCGGAUGAAAUGUAUACAGAAUUAUAUCGGCGUAACAGUAAAGACGGCCGUUACUCGGAACGCACUUACAAAGACAGAUAUUCCUUGGAUUAUCGUAGUGAAAGUCCGGGUAGUGAUCGUGCAUCGGGAUAUCAUGAGGAUUUACGAUACGAGUUUGGUGGCAAAGGCCGCCCUGAGGACAAAUAUUUUAACCAAGAACGGUAUAUUCCUGGUCGUGACAAAGACCAAAGUCCAACAGGGGAGUAUGGACAUUAUUCUCCUGAGGGGCGUAGUUGGAGUAGAUCCCCCUCAUAUGGACGCCAACACAAGGAAAACUUUGGCAAACACACUCCACCCACACCUUUGGGUGAUGAACUUGAAGACUCUCAAGAUCCAGGUCAGAUGGACACAGAAGGUUCACAACAUCAUGGCCUGGAUUAUAAAUCAAAAUCAGGAAAAAUGGAUGACUUUGACAUAAGUGAAGCAGAUAUUCAGGAGAUUCGUUCAACUUACCCAAAUAGGAAAGAUUCUCAGGUGAAGCGUUCUGAGGGUAGAGUAGUGAAAAAACGUUCUUAUGAUGACACGUUUCAUGGACAAUAUGACAUGAAAUUCGAUCAACGUCGUGGGCGUACUCAUGCAGAAUUUAAACGGGAUUUAUUCCAGAAAGUACAAGAAAUUAGUGAAAAAAUGUCGGGUAGACAUAAAGAGUCAUCAGGUAAUCAUAGCAGUCCAAGUUCUUCUGCGAGUACGGAGUCAGAACACGGCUCCCUGACAGAGGGAGAACUUACCAAACUUCAACAUGAAAAACUCCAGCUCCUGGAGAAACUUAAUCAGUUGGAAAAUGAGGGCAGUACAAGUGAUAAUGAAUCUGCAGACAUUGAGGACACGCGUAAGGUAGUGACAAAACGUCCCCGCCUUGACCCCUGGCAGGGUAAGGCGGGACAGCGGCUUGGUAGUGUGAUAAUAACGGCUCGUAAGAGCACUCAUUCAUCAGAUUUCCAGGAUGCAUACAAAGUGGACAGUACACAAAGUUAUAGGAAACAAAUGGAAGCCUUCCGAAAACUUGAGGAACAAAAUGUGAUAGAAGAGGGACAUGGACUUAAGGACAUGAAAACCAGCAAAUCUGUGAUAGGUUAUGAUAGUGAGGGUGAGGAUGUAUCAAUGCUUUUAUCUCCGCGAGAGAUUCCCUCUUCCUUCAUGAAAAAACGGAAAAAGUAUGAUGGCCCUGAUGAAAUCGGUUUAAAAGGACAAAGGUCAUAUCGGACAAAACGUGGCGGUGAUGAGGAUGACCAUGCCAGUAGUGAUAAUGAAGAAACUGGCAAAGGAUUUAACCGGACAGACUCUAUUGUGUCACUGCGGAGACUGUCCAGUGGUCACUCAUCACCACGGACACCGGUAGUGGCACAGUCUAUGGACCAUUAUAGGUAUAGUGAAUCUGAUAUGUCAGCAAGUGAAGGCAUGGCAACUAGUUCAUCAAGGAAGAAGGGUUCGGCAAAGAAAUUGUCUGAAUCUGACGGUCAAAUAAAUGUUAAUCGCAGUCAUAAAGAAGAACAUCAGCUGAUUAUAAUUCCACUCGGUGAUGAGUUAUUACCAAAUUUAGACUUGAAAGAUCCGCGUCAACAGCGCCCCCAUGAGGAGGAGCUAAUGUCACUACCUCUACCACGAUUUGCUAGUUACACGCGUCCUUUAAUGAUUCAACCAAUCCAUCUUGGUUCCCCAAAAUAUGUUGAUAUUAAAAACAAUGAUUCUCCAUGUUUUUCACCUCCUAGUAGUGGAAGUAAAACUCAUUCACCACAGAUGUCUCCAAGUGAUUCUAAUUCUGGGGAAUCGCAAGGACUUCCAAAAAUAGAUGCGAAUAAUUACUUUCCGCCUGAGGAGGAAGUGUCGCAGUCAGCGGUUGUGUCAGCUCCUGGGAGUGAAAAUGAACAGGAGAAAAGUAAAAAGGAGGAAGAUAAUUUGUCUGACAGUGACAAUUGUCCAGAAGAUGGAACUGUGGCUACUGAAACGUGUCUAGAUGAUUUAUCAAUAGAGGAAAGAAUUAGAAGGCUUGAUGAGAAAAUGAGCCGGCCUACACCUAAUCCACCUAAUAAAUUACCGGAACAAUUAACAGCAAUAAGUAUUCCUUCCCUAUCAUCUGCUAAUGCUGCUGUACCCAAUACAGACAUGUAUUCUAAAUACAAACGCCGCAAAAAGCAGGAUUCCACUGGAUCAGUGCCAGGGGAUUCAAAGGCAGAGCCAUCUGAAAUUGUGCGAACUUUAUUGUCACGUAGUAGUAUAUUUGAUCAGGAUACUCGCAGACUUGAGCAAAUUAAUGAAAAAUAUUGCCCUAAGUCUGUUCUUGUGAACACAGAUGAAAACCCUAAAAGUGGGAUGAUACGGACAAAGGCGGCAGCAAAGGAAAUGCCACUCUCAACACUGCCCCAGUCAUUAGCUGCUAGGCUAGGGUCAGCUGGCGCAGCCUCGUUUCCAACAUUGUCGGUUAACACAAACAUGGCAAACCAGCCAACAUCACAUCUUCCUUUCAUGAGCCCUUCACCUAACUCAUCUCCUCGGAGUCCUUUUGCCGCGCCGGGUAGUGUUUUAUCUGGCGAGGUACCGUCCCCAUCCACAACCAACCCGUAUGAUGGUACACAGACUCCUCCACCCACGGAUGAUUUGUGCCCUAAUGAACUUGACAAUUUUGAGGACAUGUUUCAGGAACCUUCAUCAGCAUGUGUAACAGACUCGCCAAAUUUUACUUCGUCCACCUUCCCUCAGUCCCACUCUCUGUCUCACCCAUCCAUGAAUGAGGACAAUAAUAUCUCGUUAUUAAAGUGUUCGGACAGUCCAAGACUGACCACUUCUUAUACUGGCCAGUCUGGUCAACCACCAAAUGAUUCUCUUAAUAAUUCAGUUGAGGAACAUUCAAAACCACUCCUACAGAACAGUUCAGAAAGUGUGUCGCUUCAACCCUCGUCAGAUGAUGUAAAAGUUAAUGUUAAGGAUAAAUUGUCAGAUAACACUGAUUCAAAACAAAGUACAAUUGUUAAAGAGGAAAAUGAAGAUAAGGAUUUGGUCAGAGAACAGCAAUCUCAGAAUAUAUCGAACAUUGAUGGAACAAACAAAAUAUUAAAUGCUGAUGUAAAAGAUGUUUUGAUGCCUGAAACAUCUGUUGCGGAGGCAAUGUUUAAUACUGAUAAUAAAUCCGAUUUGUCUUCAUUGGGAAAACGGAAGGCUGAAGAACAUGUUAAUGAUAAUAUUGUAAAGGUUGCUGAAGUGUCAGUCAAAGUUGAACCUACGAUACCGGAAGUUAAAGUGGAGGACACAUCAAAAUCUCCUGAACUGAAAAAACCCAAGAUAGCUGUCGAGGAGAGCAAUACGCCAGCAAAAAAUAAAAGUGAGGUUGUGACAGAGAAGAAAGAUAAGGAAAAGAAGGAUAAAAAUAAGGAAAACAAGAAAAAGGAGAAUUCAGAUGGAGAGAUUAACACUAUCAAUCACAACAAAGACAAAAGUGAGAAAAAGGAUAAAGACAAAGACAAAGCUGGAGGCAGUGGCAAGUCCUCAAAGUCUGUAUCGUCAAAGGUCAAAGACGAUAAGGUCAAGGACAAUGCAAUGCCAUCUGCUAAGAAGGACAAAGUCGCUGAAAGUUCAUCACACAAACACAAAUCUUCCAAAACUGAUAAAUCUAAGGAUAAACAGAACAAGGACGGACACAGUAAGAAAAGUAAAGACCAUUCUUCUACAAAACCGAGCAAGGAGGACAAGACAACAAAUAAAGUAGAGAGUGCGCCUAAAUCCACAGAAACAGACUCGGCCCAUCAGGAGAAAGCUAAGACUAAAGAUGGACAUAAGGAGAACACUAGUCAGUCAAACAAAGACACACCGACUGAGAAACCCACUAGUCAGUCCGGACACUCUGCCAAGAAAAAGGACAGUAAGGACGGUCAAACUGGACAUUCUAGUAAGUCAACAAAAGAAUCUGUGAAGGAUUCGGUGAAAGAUACGCCAAACGCUGUCAAAGGCAAGGAGAGUGGUGAGCCAACUGUGGCUUUACCAAAAGAAUCCAAACCAAGUCCUGAUAAGCCGGCUAGUACAGACUUGUCCAAAACCAAGGCUAAAACAGGGGACGCUUCUAAGCAUAAACCAUCGGAAAGCAAACACAAGGAUAAAACAGGAGGUGAAUCUCAUAAACAUAAAGAUAAAACACAAGGGGAUACUAGUAAACAUAAAGACAAAGGUGCUGGCAGCGAUACCAACAAGCACAAGGAGAAGCCAUCGACAGAAGCCACCAAACAUAAACCUGCUAGUGAAUCUAAACACAAAGACAAAACGCCGUCGUCAGAGUCAAAGCACAAGUCGAGUGACAGUUCAAAACACAAAAUCAAAUCAGCAGAGUCUAGUCAAGCUAAGGAGAAACCUGUUGCUAAGGAGACUGAAACAAACAAAACUAAGGAUCAGAGUAAUACCAAGGAUACGGACACAACAAAACCUAAAGAGCAGUCGGUGGAAGAUCAGACCAAACACAAGGAUAAAACGAAAACAUCGAGUCAUGUAAAAACUAAAAAAGAGGAUGGGAAAGCUAAAGUUAGUGCUACAGACAAGUCGACGUGUAAGGAAAAGCCGAGUGGGAAUGAUAAAGACAAGGACAAAGGCCAUAAAGACAAGAACUCCAGUCAGCCUAAAGGGGAGAGCAAGGGCAGUGGCCAUCAGGAUGCUAAGGUAGAGAAACCAAAAUCUACUGACCAUCACAGCUCCAACAAAAACAAAUCCUCAGAAUCCACAGACAAGAGCAAAGAUGGGAAAAAGCAGGAGACGUCAGAAAAUAAAGGUGAUAAGGGGAAAGAUGGAAAAUCAUCAUCAGAACAGCAUGAUGAUAAAGGAAAGGUGAACGAGUCGGUAUCUGAUAAAAGUCACAAAGCUACAGAGAAACAACGGCCAGAGAAGAAAUCGAGUCUCAAGUGUAGUAACUUUGAUAGAAAAUCUGAGAGCGAAGAAUUCAGCUCCGAGAAUAAAAAGGAAGGAAAAAAGGACAAAUCUCACAAACUAUCUGUUGGGAAGAAAAAUAAAGAUAAAAACAGUGCUUUAAAACCUGACACUGAAAACAGUAAACCACCCCCUAAAAGUGACUCCGAUAAACACAAGAAGAACAAGACCCCAAAAUCAAAAGAAAUAAUGGAAAGUAAAGUUGCUGAAAAAUCAGAUAAAUCUGGUAGUAAAUCGGACAAAUCGGAUAAAUCGGACAAAUCAGCAGAGAAAAAACCAGUCGAGGAGGUGGACGAUUUCAAUUGGGCAGAAUGGGCUGGUCCAUAUGUGUCAAUGUAUGACAAGGUCAAAAGAAGGUCAAAUACCAAGGUCAAGGAGAAGGAAAUGGACGACAUGAAAAAGAAAAUGGACAAUUUCAAGCAAAGGCGGAAAAAGAGGAACAAACAUAGUGAUGACUCGGAUGAUGGUACUUUCACCUCCGAUGAUGAUGAUGAUCCUAUUGUGUCAAGGAAAAAGAAAACAUCCACGAAAGAAGCACGCAGAAAGCGAAAGAAUACUAUAUUUGACAGUUCAAUGUCGUCGUCAGAUAAUGAAGAAGAAGAAGAUGAUCCACAAUUCUUUCUGAAAUCUCUCCAGAAAUCUGGUCCAAAAGAGAUCAAAGGUCGUGGUUUCCAACAGGGAAAGAAGGCAUCUAUUCUAGACAUUUACUCCUCAGACUCUGAAGAAGACGAGCAAUUCUCGGACCCACUGUUCAGGGACAUUUCCAGUUCAAAGAAAGACAAAGAAAAUGUAAAGAAGAAGGAAUUAACAACAGAAAGUUCGGAAGAUUUUUCAUCCAAGAAAGUGAAAGUUGUAAAGGCAUCAAAGAAAGAAAAACAACCGAUGUCUGCUAAAAAAGUCAACACAAAACGAAAAUCUGCUCUCAGUUUCACAUCAGAUGAUAAAGAUGAGGAUAGUGACAUGAACUUUGACCUCAAACCAAAGAAGCCAUUGGCGAAACUAAAGAAUAGAAAAGAUGAGAAAAUAUUACCAAAACGUAAGAUAUUCUCUUCGACAUCUGGAAGUGAGAUGGAUGAUGAUUAUAGACCUCCAACUGUAUCAAAACCAGUCAACAAUAACAAAAAGAGCACAAAGGAGAAGAACAAUCAGAAACAUAAGAAAGAGGGCAAGAUGAAUCCUCUAAGUCUCUUACAAUCGGAAAGUGAUGAGGAUAAUACUGAGGAAAUGAAGCAUGCUGGGUAUAUCGAUCUUGUAAGGGCACAAACUAUGUCUGAACUAGAGCUGGACGAAACCACAAGUUUCAACAGAAAAGAGAAAAGCACAAAGGAGUCUGGGAAAAAAGAAAACAUUCUGGUGUCUGAGGGGAAAUUAGAGAUUGGAAAACAAGUAGACAAGAAGGAAGAAUCUUUUGGAUUGUUUGCCAAAAUGGAAGAUUUCAUAAGUGCUCAGUCGGAGUUAACAGAGGGUCCAAACAACAUGAAACAUAGUGUCAAUCAGAACAAAAGUAAGAAAUUAAAUAUGGCUGACUUGCCGAAAGUACAGCAGACCUCACCAGACAAGAUUAAAGUUCACAAGAAGGAAGGAAAGAAGAAGAAGAAAGAUAAAACUGAGAUUAGUAAAAAGGGCAAAGAAAAUUCAUCAGUGUUGGAGAAGAGUUUGUCAUUUGAGAGUGUUAGCACUACUAGAGACAGUAUUGAUAUAAUAAGGGACGAUUUCUCCAAGAAGGACAACUCUGAUACAAGUACCGACCAAGCAAUACACUUCUCGGAAACAGAGAUAGCUGCAGACUGUAGUGUGUUGGAUGGAUAUGAUCUAAGUGUGGGUGCAGAAGAUAGUGUCAGCACCAACUUGAAUUCAACACAAGACACACAGAAAGGAAUGGGACUAUUUGCAAACUGGCAUUCCACAAUGGAGGACAUUGCUCGUCAGGAAUCCGCAGCAACAGACCCUCUCACUGGGGAGUCUGGGAAAAGCAAAAAGGGGAAGAAGAAGAAAAAGGACAAGAAAGAAGGAUCAGAAUCAAAGAAGAGCAAAAAGGAGAAGAAAGAUAAAGGAACGAAAGAGGAGGGUAGCCAUAAGAAAGAGAAAAAGAAAGUUAAUAAUGUAUUUGGAAAUUUCAACAAAUACGUGGAGGAAAUAUCAAAUGAACCUACGCAUGUGAACGUCAGUGGAGAUAAGAAAUCUGUCGUUGAAAACAAUCUGGAUGCUGUCAGUGAGAAAGUUCAAAAUGAAACCCAACAAGCAACCUCUGCGUUGGAGAACAUAUUUUCUGAAUCGGACAGUCAUAAGGACCCACUGUUUGGCACUACCCCUUACCAUGAACCACCAUUGUUUGAUGCAUAUCUUAGACAAGAAGCUGCUAUGGCCAACAAGAAAUCGCAGGAUAAAAGCACAAAGGUGGAUCAGAAUUCCCCUACCAAGGGAAAAUCUCUCUUUGGAAAAGUCCUCAGUACUCCAGAGAAACAUGAUAAUACCUGCCAGGAGAAAAGUAGUGUGUUCAGUUCACCGGACCAUACCCAACAUAAUGCUUUGUCAGAUCAGUCUGUGCAAAAACCAAACAAGAAUCAUUCCUCAUUGGUAGAGAGUAGCGACAACAAAAAUAACGAGGUGUCAAAGUCUAAACCAUCCGAAGACAUUUUUGGAUCUAGGCCUGAAACGUCCGUGUCCCAACCGAAGGGUGUUUCUGGGCAGAAAGGUCAUGUUCCUGCAGCUGAUAUAUUCGAAUUCACAGAAGAUGACGACAACUCUGACAUUAUACCACCAGGUCAUUUAAGAAAGAGUCGAUUUGAAGGAGGUGAAAGGAGAAAAUCCAACAGUCUAUCAAUGUCAUGUUCUGAUACAGAAACUCAGCUUACAAAGGAAACACCAAAACAUAAGGAUGACAAACACAAAGAAACAACAGAGCUUGGAAAGUCAAAGGAUUCCAGUUAUGGUAAAGAUAUGGAUUUUGGGUUUAAGGAAUUGGAGUGUAGCAUAGGGAAGUCAAGUUGUAAAGAACAGGAAAAUAGUGUAACAAAAUCAUCCGAUACUGAUAUCAGUCGACAGAAGGAUACUGACCUGGUGAUGGAAAUCAUCAGAAAAGAGGAAAAGAAAUCCAAGAAAAACAAAACUAAAGAGGUUUCUGUGAAAGGAACUUCAAAGGAAGAUGUUGUGGAAAAGGAUGAAGGAAAGAAAACACCACAUUCUUUUAUGAACUCCAUUAAGUAUGGUGAUGAGGUGCUGAACUUUGAUGAACCCUUGUUCCCGAUCAACAACACAUUGGAGCGCUUUACUGGUAUGAAGUCACCAGACAAGACCGUAGACAGCUUGGAUAAGCUGACCUUGUCUUCACCGAUCAAUAAUGAAUUAUCCAAGUCGGGCAAGAAGAAACAGAAACGAAAGAAGAAGACAAGUGGAGAUGCAGCGGUUGAAAAUUUGGAUCACAAAUUUGACAAUGUAAUGAAUUCUCCCGAUGCUAGUAAACUUAAAACACCAGAACCAUCUCCCGUUUCAAAAGCCAUUGAAAGCUUACCCCUUCCAGCUCCAGCUGUUCUGCCUCAAAUGAAACCUUUAAAUCUACCAGAAAGCACAAGUCAAGAAGUUUCAAAGGAGGCUGAGUCUAAAUCUACCACCAACACUACAACCACCACCAACACCACAACCACUGCUACAACAACCAAAGAGGUUGCCAAGGAUACUGCAGCCUUAGAGGCAUUAGAAACUUUAGAGGCAGUUUCAAGUCUUGAACAUCUAUCUGCAAUUGAUGAGCCAAGACUCGUUAUUGAUAUAGAUGUUCCUGAAUGUGAACCAGUUAAAUCUGUCCCGGAAGAACCAACAGAGCCAGUAACAAAUCAGGCAGAGGAUGAAACCGCUCUAGCCAUCAUGUCCAUAUUACCUCUGGACGAGAAAACUGGAGAGUUUGUUCAACCUGGUCAGGUGGCUACUGUCUCAGAAACGGAGACACCAGCGGCAAUUGAAUCCAUACUGCCACUACCUGAGGUUGAAGUUAGUCAACCAGAACCAGUCAUAUCAUUUCAACCGGAACCAGUCGCUAGAGAGGAGUCAAGAGAAAUCGAUGUUGCUGAACCAGUACCACAGUCGACUCCUAAUCCAUUCCCUGACCCACAAGUGUUUAAUUCUCUGAUUGAUACGAAUGCACCUCUUGUUAUAGACUCCAGUGACAAUGACGGUAAUCUACUCAUUGAUACCAGUGCUUCUGAUAGUGUUAUCACAACUCCUGGUAAAAAACCCAAAACACCACGUACACGCAAAAGCAAGGGGCCCAAGGCUAAUGCCAAGUCUUUCAAUGCCAUGACGGUACCACCACCAGUUGUUGUAGAACAGAAUAAGGAAACUAUUGGUCAGGCAACAAACCAGGCAUUGCGGAACAAGCUUCAAGCCCAGAGUCAAGAGAGGAAUGAACAAGAAAACAUCCAAAGUGCAGGACUCCUAGUAGAUCCAAUACAGGAAUUGUCAGCUGUAGCAGCACCCUUCAAUUUUGGCUUGGCACUUCCCACACCACAAGCAUCUCUUCCCACUACACAAGUGGAUGUUGCCCCAAGCAAGUCACCUAAAGGUGGGGAGAAACGCAUCACUCGAAGACAACUUAAGCAGCAAGCACAGCAGAACUUGGAUACUACUGAUGCUAAUAACCAACAAAUAAACAGCGACACAUCUGAUUUGUUGUCAGCAUGCCAGAUGACACCUCAGCCUGCCGUUACAGAAGACACAAGUGAUCCGGCAGCACUUGGAUUCUCUGACAACAGCCUUGACCUUGAUUAUGAUCCCAACCGAUUGGUCAUGGAUGAUCAGAAUUAUCCAAAUGAACCUAAGCGAGUGCAGCGUCGGGGAAGAAAGCCAAAGAAUUACAAGGAAAUGAACUCGGGUGUAUUACCACGAACAACAUCUCCCAGAUCAAGGACGUCACCAAGGUCACCGAGAAACGUUACAUCUCCUAAACAGUCAUCAUCUCCAAAACUACAGAAUUCUCCAGCAGACAUCCCAAGCCCUGUGGUGAAAAUUGAGAGACUUCCGCUGACAUCCAAAAAUGUCAAGAAAGAUGGAGAGAUUGUUGACCUAGGUAAGGACAAUAACAAACGGUUAGGAAAGACCAAUCUUCCUCCAGUUGUUGAUGUCAUGCAGACUGAAUCUAAGGAUUUGGAGAUCUCUGCUACCUCAAAUGCUGAAGUACAUCCAGUAGAUCCAACUAAUGUAUUUGACUUUGAGGCAAGUGAAUCAGAACCCAAGAUUGAACCAGUGAGACGUCGACCAUCACGCCGGAAGCAAAAAGCAGAAAGCAGUGGUCAAGAACAGGAUGACAAGUUCCAUCGUGAACAUUCUGCUGAAAACAAAUUAGAGCAACACCGACCUGAAGAGGCCAGAGUUCGUAGCCUCAGUACAGAGUCUGGAAUCAUAAUGAUUAUUAACACUGGCAACACCAGCUCGAUGCGGGCUAAUAAGGAGGUUCGAGCGACUCGGCAUAAAACUGAUAAGCCGGACACAGACACCCAUGUGGCAAAAUCUGCCAAAAAGUCACAAGAGAUUGAAAAUAUCAUAAAACAGACAGAGUAUCAGGUCACUGAAAGUCAGGACGCUUCUAUUGUCAGUAAAGCUUUAGAAGAUCCAUCGCUGAAACCCCCAAUUGUAACAACAGUCGGAACCAAACCCUCAGUCAUGGAGGAAACGCCAUCUGUGGAGCGGAAAGUGGUACCACCUGUUACAGAGACAGUGGCAUCCACCACUUCCACCACACAUCCUGUCACUACACAUCGGGGCAGAAAAUCGGACAAGACAGAAGGGGUACCGCCUACCACCAACUCACCGAUCACACCAGCAACACCGGCCACUCCCAUGAGUAAUAUUGACCGUAUUAUUGAUAAUGUAUCAAAGGGAAUCUUUGAGUUCGGGGAUGUUGAGAUGACUGGUCAGCACAGUGAUGGAAUGGUGCACAACAAGAAACGCUACCCGGGCAGGAACCAUGGAACUGAGGGCACACCCAACAUGAUGAUGGAUAAUUUGGGAAGGCCUCUCACAAAUGUUAACACCGGUCACAUAGAAGGCUUUCAACAAGGGUCUAUUGGUGAGCCAGCCUUAACCGUACCUUAUAGCAGACAGCCUCAUUCUAAAGAAGGCUUCCCUACAACAAUCACUGGUCCACCAAAUGCCAUUGUCACCUCAUCAAUGAAGCCGUCACACAGCCAGAUGGCAGGUCACAUGGCUGACUUAGGCAGUGGGAAGACCAAGUCGGUUGACCUGUUACAUGGAACACCAAAGAUGUCCAAUCGUCAACAUACCAUGCACAGUCACCACAUUGCACUGUCCCCUACGCCUCACCGACAGGGAGAACAUGUGGAUAAACUAGACAAGGGCAAACAGGGCAAUCCUCAGCAUGUUUCACCCUAUAACGUUGUCUCCACAUGCCACCAAAGUAUGGUUUCCAUGUCCGGGGAUGUUAUGUCCUUGGCGAUGACUAGUAAAUCAGGACUAACUACCUCCAGCAAAGGGGUGCCCCAUCCAGCCGUGACGAUGACACACACUGCCAUUAUGCCUUCACAGGACAGUUUGCGGCAGGUACAGGACGUCAUGGAUCAGAUCAACCGUCUACAUCACAAUGCGGAACAGGUAUCUAAACAGAAGGGUUUGCAUGCCCCUGCAGCAAAUGCUGGUUACAUAGCAGAACAACAGAGCGGAGAAAAGUCGGGUUCAGGUGAUCGCCCAACGGUCUCCUCUACACCGAGUUCAACAACAGCAUCUGCUCCCACGUGUGUAGUCCAUCCUAUCACCACAUCAGCAUUUACAUCGAAGCAUGACAUUCUAAAGCCACCAACUGGAAUCAUAACAGCUGCAAAUUCCUCCAGUUCCAGUGUCCUGUCAUCUGUCAAAGACCCGAUGAAGGGUCAGAUGAUGCUCCAUGCGCAAGGACAGGCUCAGGUUGAGGCUACAGUCCAAGACUUGGCUAGUCGUCGCCAUGAUGGGAAACAGGAAACAUCUGUCCUGAAAUCAGUGAGUCGUGCAGGAAGUGUUCCACAUCAGGUGGCAGUCACUGCUCAUGCAAGCCGCGAGUCUGCCCCUCAGCGUCCACCCAGUGCACACUCACAGAUACAAAAGUCUGGUGAUCCACAGCCACCGCGGCCCUCAAGUGCCCAUGAACAACUGACCCACCACCCAGCAUCCAUCCAUGAACAACUGCGUAAACAGCUUCACCCGGCUGGUAUGAAGAAUGCAUAUCCACAUGGGCAGGUGGCACCUCACAUGGUGCCCUACUUCCAACAAAUGCUUCAGCAGAAGGGAGAGUUUGAGAAGAAUGCUGGAGGUGCAAUUGAUCUUCAGAAAAUGAUGGCACCAAUGGGACAGCGUACAGUGAUUGCAGCUAGUGCUGCAACCACUCAGGGUCCAUCACCACAUCCCAUGGCACGGUCACCAGCCAUCGCUCAGACAGCUCCCAGUCCUUUACAGAUCAACCAGCCACCGUCUAGUCCCUCCCUCCAUAAAAAGGCUGUGGAAAAGAAUGCACAAGUAUCUUCCAAAUGGCCAGAAGAUUCGAGGAUGAGAGGACCUCAUGCUCAGGCGACUGAUAUUAUCCCAGCUGCUCAACGUGAGGCCUGGAUGUAUGGUGUGCAGAGUUUGGCACCUGCUCAUCAGCGCACAGAGCAAGGUAUCAAUCUGUCAACAGCACAGCAACAAAGUCCUUCACCACGGGAGACAACACACACACAGCAAGAACAUCAGCAACAUAGAAUACAGCAGGAGUUGUCACGACGCCAACAGCAGGAUGCUAAAAGUCGCCACCAGGCAGAGCUGCAGUUCUUACAGCACCAGCAGUUGCAGCAACAACAACAGGAGAAAGAACAGGAGCGCCAGAAGCAGGACUGGAAAAAACAGCAACAAAAACAACAUCAACAGGACCUCCAACGCCAACAACAACAGCAACAACAGGAGAUGCUACGCCACAUACGUGAGGUUUCUGGCCCAGCACCUUCUGACACUCGGCAGACAGCUCUUGUGCAUCCACGUUCUACUGUUCCGGUUCCUUCUACUCACAACACAGAAGAGAAGGGAGGGUCUAUGGAUUCCAUUCUUUCAUCAAUGCAGUAUCCAUCACCUGAUUUACGGCGUACUGGAGCACAAAACAUCAGUGCUUUUACUCCACCUAUCAGCAGUGCUGAGUUGACCCAGGGUAUUGCCACCUCUCAUAUGUAUACCCCAGGGAUGGGAAUGAUCCGUGUGCCGCUUAUUGACCCCAGUUUGAUGUACUCGCCUCACAACAGCCCAGCAUUCAUUCCAGGUCAUCUCGCCUCGCAUUACAUCCAUGGAGGUAUGCAGCCUGAUGGGCGACCAUCACCACACUUGACCCCACAACCGCUCCACUCACCUUCUCGACAAGGACAGGCCCUGAACCAGCCAGGACAGAGCAAACACAGUUCUCAGGAUAGUAUUCAGAACAUUCCGGGACGUUGUGUCACAGAUUCUUCCCCAGCUGGAGAAGGCAGUCUCCUGUCGUUGCUUCAGAGGUAUCCAGUCAUGUGGCAGGGAGUGUUGGCCCUCAAGAACGACAGCUGUGUUGUCCAGAUGCACCUGAUUGCAGGAUUCCAACAACUCGUCAAAUUAAGUUUGCCACAGCAGUCGCCUGAUGGAACCGUCCAGCCACUACGUAUCGCCCAGAGAAUGAGACUUGAGCCAACGCAGCUUGAUGGAGUCAUCAAACGAAUGAAUAUGGAGGAGGAUUACUGUAUGUUGCUGGCCCUUCCAUGUGGGAGAGAUCACAGUGACAUCAUUCAACAAACACGGGCAAUGUCAAUGGGAUUCAUACAAUAUUUACAACAGAAACAGGCUGCUGGUAUUGUAAAUGUGGCAGAUCAAGGCUCUCAACAGCCGGCCUAUGUUGUACACAUCUUUCCACCGUGCGAGUUUUCUCACUCCCAACUUGGUCGCCAAGGGUUCGAUCUGAUGCAUCAGGUAAAAGACUUGUCCCAUCUAUUGGUCAUCAUCACAACGGUGGCUUAAGAUCCGUGAUUUUCUGAAGGAAUCAAAGGAGUGUCCCAUGGAUUUUAUACAUCCUUUUUUACUGGAUUAGAAUAAAUGUUUUCCAUUGUGGAUGGAUACAAAUUCAUCCUAAACCAAUGGAUGUUACCAGAUUGUGACUUGAAAGUUCCACUUUGGAUUAAAACAGCAUGCCAUGAAGGAAGGGAGACAACUCUGUACGUGACAAUUAAUUCCAACACUGGAUUUAAAUGUUUGAGGAUAAUUUGUGGAGUUUUAUUCCAUUGUUUAUCAACAAUCAUGGAACAUUACAUCUGGUUGUUGAGUUAUUAGUGGAUAAAUAAUGGGAAUUCUCUAGUAACUGAAGGAUUACCCAGGUUUUAUAGUGAAGAGGAUUCACGGAGAAUUCAAUUGUUUCAAGUUGAUUUUAUUGAAUGAUGUAUAAAGUGCUAUGUGUUUUUUGUCAAUAUUUAUGUGUGUUGAAGUUGUGCUGAAAACACUUCCUCUAGAAGUGAUGUUAUUUAUAUAAACCCUUAUCCAUUUGAACAGGAAUGGAAUGCUCUAGAUCAAAGACUAGAAGAGCUUAUUCCAAUGGAUCAGUGAAUUAAUUAUACUGGUGGUAAAUGGACAUCCACACUGUACAUGGAGUAUCGAGUUUGAAAUGGGAAAUUUUCAGAUGUUGAUUGACACACAAUAGAUUAUAUAUUGACUUAAGAAUUCCAAUUAACAAACACAUUUGUGUGUGCGUGGGUGUGUGCAUGUUUGCAUUAUGUAUACUGCUAGAGAAUAGGGCAAGCCUUUUGGUUAUUUUUUUAAGAAAUAUUUAACAAGACAAAAAUAAAAAAAAAACAAAAAACAAAAAACAAAAAAAACAACCCCACUGUCCAGAUGAUCUGAUGAAGGUUAUGAGUACACACACUAUGUUUGGCAGUGAACUGGCGAGUAAAACAGAGAGAAUGUUGCCUGUUACUAUUAUAUAUGUUACUAUGAUGUUAGCAGUGUAUGAUUUGGAUGAAUUUAGGUUGUAGACUGGAAUGCUGGCUGGUAACUUGUAUCCAUGUUCAAGAUUUUGUUCUAGAUUUCAUUGAAAGGAUACAAAAAUAAAAUAAGAAUGAAGAGAUCUUUUCAGACCUGAAUUUUUACACUUAUUCUAAACAUUGUCUAUAAGUUAUUAGUACAAACUUAAAUAUUUUUGCCCCUUGAGAACCUGUCUGUCCUUUUUCUGUCAAAUUAAAUAUGCUUGAUAUUUUUUUCUGAAAACCUUGUUCAUUAGGAUAUUAGAUAGUAAACAGGUGCUCCAUAUAUGUUAAUCUUACAAUCUUAUUUUGUAAGUUGUGUAACAUAUAAAGAGUUUUGCCAAGAUUUCUUUUUAAUCUCUUCUGUUACUUAGAUGAUUUUUUUUGUGACUCUUUAAUCAGUUUGAAAGCUUUUUUGAAAAUUCACAUAACUUAUCAAAUACACAGAAAACACUUAUGACUAACAUCGUGGUUUUUUUUUCUUUUUUAAUCCUUUAUUGUCAGUCUUUAAAAAUCAUUUAGAUUUGACAUUGUGAGAUUUUUUCACCUAUUUAUAUGAAAUUUCGAAUGAUUUUUCAAACAUAACAAAUUGAUGGAUGAAGUGCUUUGUUGAGUUUUUUUUCUUUUUAAUAGAAUAUGUCAAAAAGCUAUCAAC